AUGAAAGUUGAAGCCGUGUUUGUCUUGGCUCCCAUGUACAGGGAUAAGGAUGUGAAUAAAAGGAUUAUAAUGAUUUCUGGAUUGUCAUUUAACCUCACGACGGAAUUCAGCUUCCGGUUUGAGAGGGGUAGAGCUGCUGCCCCGCACCAGGAGGGCGCCGGGGCACAGGGCGGCGCCUCUGCGCGAACGCCCGUGAUUCUCGCGUGCCCGAACUGCCCGAAGACCUUCAUCGGCCCCGGACGCCACCAGCUGUACGAGCGCCACGUCAUAGUGCACACGGGGGAGCGGCCGUACAACUGCGCACACUGCAAUUACCGCGCCAACCAGCUGUCCAACCUGCGGCGCCAUAUCAGGAACAUCCACCAGGGCCCGCAGGCGCAGGCUGGGGACAACAACCAGCGCCUUUACGGCGGCGCCCUGGGCAGCCAGGGGCACCCGGCCAGGUCGGCAGGGGCGUCGAAGGGGAGCACUUGGCGAGCGCGCCCCUGCAGCAGCACUACGCCAGGGAGGGCUUCGAGGGCGCCGUCGGCCAGAGAUGAUAAGAGGCGAGGGCGCGAGGUGCGAGGCGAAGGUCGAGCGAGGCCAAAGCGAGCUCCUCGAGGGCGACCGGCGUCCCUCCGAGCGGCGACUCUGGCGCAGGGCUUGGCUGUGCGGCUGGGCGACGUGGCAGCGCUGGUGUGCCCCGUCUGCGGCAAGUCCUUUGGGGGCCGCAACCGCCGCCAGAUCCUGGAGCGGCACAUCGCGACGCACACGGGCCACAAGCCCUACCCUUGCCCCCACUGCCCGUUCCGCUCGUCGCGCCAGGACACGCUCAAGAUCCACGUGGCCCGGAUGCACCGCGACCUCCUGCCGCGCGACGCCGUCCCCGGGGGCGCGCGGGAGGUGGGCCUGCGGGAGCCACAGGGGAGGGCUCGGACAGGCGGGCCCAGGGUCCUGAGAGACCUCGUGAUCUUCGACCACGGGGCGCCGCUGCUCGAGGCUGCGCAGCAAAGGGACGCCGCGACCCGGGAUGCGCCGCCCGUCGCCGCCCACGCCCAUGACGCUCGGCCCGCCCUGUAACCCGUGCACUUGGACCGGUACUGUAUGACGAGUCGUAGAGAAACCCGUGCAUUUAGGACCCCCCCCCCACCAAAUAUAAAUAAAGCUGAGGAGAGGUCUGGCUCCCAAGGCGAUUCUUAGUUGCAUGAUGUUCACUGAUCCAAAUCCUAGCACUUGCCUCAGAGGACAGACACGUGUACAUGUUGGAGGUGUGUGAGUGGCCCAGGUGAGCUGGCACAGGUGCUAAGGACUGUCUUGGGUGUGUUGCAGGAGCCGAGUGUCGCCCCCGCCGCAUCCCUUGGGGGGGGAGACCCCAACGCCAGCAAGCCCCCCUCCCUUAUCUGCCCGCUGUGCCGGAGGGCCUUCGCCGGGAAGAACCGCCGCCAGCACCUCGAGCACCACAUCUACACCCACACGGGCGAGAAGCCCUUCGCCUGCCUGUACUGCCCCUACCGCUCCAGCCGGAAGGACACGCUGCUCAGCCACCUCAGGAAGUGGCACCCGCACCACCAGAAGGACAGGCCGUAGGGCGGGCCCAGGGGCGUGCACAGGGGCAUGUCGAGGGCCCUGUCCCGCUUGAGGUUCUCCGUGACGGGGGCGAGACUCGUGUGGUUCUCUUUCCUCUGUUGGGUCUGUUUAUAUAUCUCUGUGAAUGGUUACAUGUUAAGAAAAGAAAAUGUGAUAAGACAGCACUUGGAGUGUGAUGUCUCUGUGAGAAAGAAGUGCAAAGAACAUUGCAGAGCGGUCGGAUCUUCUUUUACUUUGAGCUCUCAACAUGAAGCAUUUCUAUCUUUUUAUAUAUCCUACCUUUGUCCGCGUGGUUCAUGCGCAAAGAACGUGACAAGACAGACUGGUGUUCACAACGAUCAGUACGUAAUGUGAUCAGUGGAUGUAAUUAGUGGAAUUACAACAUUGCAAUUCUUUUUUUAUAUAUCUAUACAUAUAUCAGGUUUUCCCCUCUGUACUUACACGUAGCUGUCAUUGUUCGAAUAAUUGAGAAAGAGAAAAAAAAAAACGUUAGAAAUAUGUCAGGUUAAUCAUGAUAUCGUGAUUAAAUUGAUAUUAUUGGAUACAAUUUUUCGGUAUGAUUGUUGAUAUUUCGUUGUACGAUAUAGCUUAAUAAAGAUAGCAUGGAA